CGUGAUAUAAAAAACAAAUUAAAAAAGAGCAAGAAAAUAAUAAACGUUUUUCCUUUUCCAGAUUCAAGAAAGUUAUUCGGCGGCUACAGAAUAACACCGACCUACUGCAAAGCUUCUCGAGCCGCAAAAUACAACAGGGGCAACACGAUAUGCAUGUUCAACCAUGAAUGCGUGCAACGCGGCGGCGAGGUCGUGGGCGCAUGCAUGGACGGCUUCCUAUUCGGAGCAUGCUGCCAGCUGAAAUCAGACAGCCAGUCCCACAUCCCAAAAGGCCCUGGAGUCAUCAUGACCAGUUACUUAGACUACCCCGAAGCCACUGAAAGUGAUGACUAUGAUGUUGAGGAAUUAAGCGCUUGGCAUAAUAGUUAUAAGCCUGUAGUAACGCCCGGUUAUAAACCAGCUGAUAAAUCUCCAACAACAGCCAAACCCGAUGAUUUAAGUACUGAAGGUGAACACGCUGAAAUGAUCUCUGAAGGGUUGACUCAAAUAACGAAUACUCUACUUAGUUCCCCACCUAAAGAUAAUGGUUUCAUUUAUAUGAAACCUAAGCCUGAUUAUUAUACGCAUAGUACUAUAAACCAUGGUGGUCCAGACACUAUCCUUGUACACACGAACGGUACUGUAGUAAACGAUGUUGUUAGACCGUCAGAUUUUAAUAUACAAGUGUCUUCAAUGCAGACUAAGCCAACAGUCAGUCCUAGUACUUCGACAUCGGAUCCUCCAAAAACAGUAUCCACACAUCGUCCAGUUAAACCUAUAUUUAAACCUAAACCUUCGACGUCAACUGAAAAUUAUAUUGCAAUAUCUACGGUGACGAAAGACUCUAAAGUCCCAGAAUUGUCUUCUAUUAAUAGUAUAAUUCAGAUGUUGAAUGAUAGUACGCCGAGUAUGGGUGAUGAUGUCACUCCAUCCAUCGAUGUUAUGGAGACAAAAUCUUCUCCGUCACCGUUGUAUACUUAUCCUAGCUUCUCAAGUACCGGUCAUUACGUCACACUAAAGCCUACAUCCUAUUCUACAUAUAAGACUAAGAAACCAGUGCCAAGCAAAAAGCCAUCUUAUGACUAUCUACAUACGACUCCGAAUAGUUUGCCUCAAGAUGACAAACCUUCAUCAUAUUUCUCUUCACCAAGCCCGAGUCAGUCUACAAGCCAAGCUAUUGAAGCUUUUAACAGAUAUCCAACAGAUCCGACCGAUUUCGGAGAUCUAUCAACGUUUAGUUACGUUAGUUCUACUACAACACCAAAACCGACUACACCGAAAAGACCCCCGUCUACUAGCUAUGUGACUGGUGCCAGCCCUGUGAGAAGACCACCACCAUCUGCCAACGUACCUUCAUAUGAAGACACUUUCUCAAGUGUAACACCAACUGUCAUUGUUCUAAAUGAUAUCCAUACAACCAAAACACCUUUAGAAUCUGAUGAAACCCAAUUCGUCGAAAUUUCUCAAGAACCUUUCAAGAAACCGGUCAGUCAGAUUACUGUUAACAAUCACAUUGAAUCCACGAACAACAUUUAUAUGGGUAAACCGACCUACUAUCCGUCAUCAUCAUCACCAACUGUCGUUAUAACUCCAAAACCAGGUCCAAAUACGACUCCGUACCCAAUCAAAGCAUCUACAAGACCUGUAUCCAGUUCAAUAAGACCUUUGCCAAUUUCAACUACUCCAAGUUAUAUAGCCGAUGUCCCGACUACAAAUAAACCAGAAGUUCAAACUUCACCUGAUGAUUCUAUAAACUUCCCUCCUGUGAGGAACCCACUUCUAAACGCAACCGGUGCUAACCAAGCGCUUUACAACACUAGUGUUUCUAUGUCAGAUAGCGAACUUGACAUUCUCCACGAUGUCGAAUUCACGACUCCUACUUGGGAAGUCGAUGAAAAACUCGACGAGAAGAUGAAUGUAUUCGUUAGCAAAAUUGUUGGAAACCUACAAGGUACUUUCCAGGAACUACACGAUAUUGUCAUUCUUGGCAAGAAACCUAACGACACAGCUAUUCGGACGACAACGACGAAACCGAAAAAGACUCUUCCAACAACUAAGAGACCAUUUUUGACGACCACGAAGAGAACUACUAAGUUUACGACGACUAAGCCUACGACUAGAAGGCCUACUGUGAAGACCACGAAAAAGCCGACGAGGCUGACCACGCAGAACCGAAAGCCGACCACAACGCAGCCUCCGACAACCACAGUAGUUACCACCACAACAACUAAAAAGACGAAGGUGACAACCACAAAAAAGACGAAGCCGCCUAAGAAGGGGACGACCACGGUAGCCGCACCGUCGACCACGGAACUGUCAGAUGAGAUCACCACAGAAAACUAUGUCGAAAAACCCAUUGACUACAAUGAUAAAAAUUUAUGCGGAGUCCGUCCCCUUGCAAAGACUGGUCGUAUCGUCGGUGGUAAGAACACGAAGUUCGGAGACUGGCCUUGGCAGGUGCUGGUCCGUGAGUCCACGUGGCUUGGCCUCAUCACCAAGAACAAGUGCGGUGGAGUGCUGAUCACCAACAAGUUUGUGACAACAGCUGCCCAUUGUCAACCUGGUUUCCUGGCAUCUUUAGUAGCGGUCUUCGGUGAGAGCGACAUUUCUGGAGACCAUGAGCCCAAGAAGCCGGUGUCGAGAAACGUGAGGAAGGUCAUCGUGCACCGCCAGUAUGAUGCAGCUACCUUCGAGAACGAUCUCGCUCUGUUGGAGCUGGAUACACCUAUCAAAUUUGAUGCUCAUAUCGUUCCUAUCUGCAUGCCGGCUGAUGACUCGGACUUCACCGGUCGUGUGGCCACAGUUACGGGGUGGGGCCGGCUUGAAUACAACGGAGUGGUUCCCGCUAUACUCCAGGAAGUACAGGUCCCUGUGAUCGAGAACAGUGCUUGUCAGGAGAUGUUCCAAACAGCUGGUCACCUGAAGAAGAUUCUUAACUCCUUCAUCUGUGCAGGAUAUGCUAACGGAAGAAAAGACUCCUGUGAGGGUGACAGCGGCGGUCCGCUGGUGCUGCAGCGUGACGACGGUCGCUGGCAGCUGGUGGGCACCGUCUCGCACGGCAUCAAGUGCGCCGCGCCCUUCCUGCCCGGUGUCUACAUGCGGACUACAUACUAUAAACCCUGGCUUAAGAGUAUCACUGGAGUGCGCUGAUAGAUGGCGCUAGAAGCGUUUGUUGUAGCAUUGUAUAUUUAGAUUUUAUGAAAAUAUUUGAUGUAAAUUUUGGUGUCUUUGUUGAGACCGUUUUCAAUUCUAUUAAAAACAAUUGUAUUAUACUGUUUAAGGUAGGGAAAACUUUAAUAGUAUGAAUGUCUGUCACUGUAAAAGUCUGAAAAAUGGUAAAUCUUAAGUCUGACCAGUAAAAAUAUAGAAAAGGAAAGAUUUAAUCGGUCUUUUUACUAUGCAUUUUUUGGAAAUCUGUUUGACGGACUAGACAGAUGCUUUUGACAAAUACCUAUUUUUCAGUGUCAAUUGGAUGUUUACUGAUUAAUUAAUAUUGUGUAAGAAAUGGUGUUUCUUUUUGUUAAAUCAAAUUAUAAUGCUACAGACAAAUUUAAAUUUAUAAACGCGGUUUUUGUAAAGCGUGAAUGAAUGGGAUGUAUGUAUGGUGAAGUGUAUGCUGUAAAAAUGAAUAAUUGGUAUUCGAAUCAUCCAAUCCAAUUGUGGAAACGGAAACAUUAAAAAAAAAUCCUCAAUUUUUUUUCGAUUAUUUACCAAUACAUUUUUUAAUUAUUAUUAUUAUAAAACAAUUCCUAUGUUUUUGUUUCCAUGAAAUAAUUAACACCUAGGCUUUUGACUUGUAUUUGUUAUUGCAUUUAAAAUUUUAAUUGAAACUUAAUAUUUUCAGUUACUUCCAAUUAUGUCCCACCCUAAGCAAAAAAGAUUAAAAUACUUUUCCAAAAUAAAAUACUUUGCUUCAAUUAAUGUACAGUUAAAAAAACAUGUUACUUCCUGCAUUUAAUAAGAGUUUAAUAAUGCUUAAAAUAGCGCCAUUUAUCGACUAUUUACAUAUUAAAAUACAUAGUUAUUACAAUUAACAGCUCUCUAAAACACUAAAAUAAUGUAAUUCUGAACUUUUAAAUAUUGUCUUAUUUUAUCGUUAAAAAUUAAAAAAAAAUUGACGCUAAACCUGCUGUCGAAAUUGUUAAGGUCAUUGCAUACUAGAGCAAAGUUAAAGUAACGUUGUUAAUUUAAACAUCGUGUGUAAAAUACGUAUGUAUGUAGAUCAAUAUUUUUAGAGAAAAAUAGUCGAGAAUACUACAGAGAAAGAAAUUGGAUUUACCAUACAAAAUUGUUUUCUAUGUAAGCUAAUUUUUAUCAUAUCGAUUUUUUAUCAGAGAAAGUUGUACAUCAAAACAAGGUUGUAGGAUCAGUAGUUUUUUAAAUUUAAAUAUAAUAUAUUUCGACAUUGUCCUAAUGUGUAAUGGCCCUAAGUUCUUAAAUAAAAUUGUAUAUUUCUUAGUUUAAUAACAAUGUAAAUUAUUAAAAAAACGCAUU